UGGCAGAGCAUUCUUCUUUUCACAGUCUAGCUAGCUCAAUUGAUCGUCAGAGAUGGCUCUCAAGAAUCUCCUUCUGCUUGUCUUCCUGACUGCUCUGCUUUUCUUCUUCCUGGAUGUAGCUCACGCUAGAGAACUCUCUGAAGCCAGUGAAUCUGAGGGGAAGAAUGUGAAGCCUUCAGGGAUGCCAGGGGUCGAGGAUCAGAAGUGGGGAGGUGGAUAUCAUCACGGUGGAGGAUACGGAUACGGUGGUGGGUAUGGUGGAGGAUAUGGACGUCCUGCAUAUGGUGGUGGGUAUGGUGGAGGAUAUGGCCAUCCAGGGUAUGGUGGAGGAUAUGGCCACCCUGGGUAUGGUGAUGGCUAUGGAGGUGGAUACGGUAGUGGAUAUGGUGGCGGGUAUGGUCAUCCUGGCCACGGUGGAGGAUAUGGUGGUGGGUAGGGAGGUGGUUACGGUGGUGGCGGUGGCUAUGGUGGUGGUGGAGGCUACGGAGGAGGACAAGGUGGUGGUUGGCCUUGAUAAGUAGCCGAAAAGAGACAUAUGUCUGUUAAAUAAGUCAAUUAUGACAAACUUGCUUGAGUAUGCAUGUAUCUUCCAACAUGUAUUCUAGCUUUGAGCAUAAUAAUAUGGUGUAUUUGAAAAUAUUUA